AGGUUGGUUGGUUUGCUCACAACAGACACAGACUUUCCUCUUCUUCUCGUUUUUAUUUUCCUUCCUCGUUUUGGGAAAUAAAAACAGUGUUGUCGGUAAGUUUGGGAAAGAUGUUUCAAGUUCCAAAAGUUUCAGGAAUCCUUAAUCCAGGAGGGGUUUCAGGAAUCCUCAACCCAGGAGGCCAUAGCCAGAACAGGAUAAAAGGAACAGUGGUGUUGAUGCGUAAGAAUGUUUUGGAUUUCAACAGUGUCGCUGAUUUCACCAAAGGAAACGUUGGUGGAGUCAUAGGAACUGGUCUCAGCGUUGUUGGUUCAACAGUUGAUGGCCUCACUGCCUUCUUAGGCCGAAGUGUUUCUCUUCAGCUCAUCAGUGCCACCAAAUCUGAUGAAAGUGGAAAAGGAAAAGUUGGUAAGGAUACGUUCAUUGAAGGGAUCAUUACGUCGUUACCAACUUUGGGAGCAGGAGAGUCUGCAUUCUAUGUUCAUUUUGAAUGGGACGAAAGCAUGGGAAUCCCUGGUGCAUUUUACGUAAAGAAUUUCAUGCAAGUUGAGUUUUACCUCAAGAGUCUGACUCUUGAAGACGUUCCAAAUCAUGGAACCAUUCGCUUUGUUUGCAACUCAUGGAUUUACAACACUAACCUUUACAAGAAAAGCUUGCGCAUAUUCUUCGCCAACCAUACUUAUGUUCCAAGUGAGACACCAAAACCGCUUGUGCAUUAUAGAGAAGAAGAAUUGAAGAAUUUAAGAGGAGAUGGAACAGGAGAACGCAAGGAACAUGAGAGGAUCUAUGAUUAUGAUGUCUACAAUGAUUUGGGUAAUCCAGAUCUUAGUGAAAAUUUUGCUCGUCCUAUUCUUGGAGGCUCUUCCACUCAUCCCUAUCCUCGUAGGGGAAGAACUGGUCGAUACCCAACAAGGAAAGAUUCGAAUUGUGAGAAGCCAGGCGAAGUUUAUGUGCCAAGAGAUGAAAACUUUGGUCACUUGAAAUCUUCGGAUUUCCUUGCGUAUGGGAUAAAAUCUUUAUCUCAGUAUGUCUUACCAGCGUUCGAAUCUAUGUUCAGUUUAAACUUGACCCCGAAUGAGUUUGAUAGCUUCCAAGAUGUGCGUGACCUCUGUGAAGGUGGAAUUAAGCUUCCCACAGAAGUAAUUAGCUCAAUUGCCCUUUUACCAGUGAUCAAAGAACUCUUUCGUACCGAUGGCGAACAAGUUCUCAAGUUUCCAACACCUCACGUCAUUAAAGUGAAUAAGUCAGCGUGGAUGACCGAUGAAGAAUUUGCAAGAGAGAUGAUUGCGGGAGUAAAUCCCAACGUAAUUCGUGGUCUUGAAGAGUUUCCUCCAAAAAGCAAUCUGGAUCCUGCAACCUAUGGUGAUCAAAACAGUAAGAUAACAGCAGAGGCGCUUGAUCUUGAGGGAAGCACAGUGGACGAGGCUCUUGCAAAAAAGAGGUUAUUUGUGUUAGAUUACCAUGAUAUCUUCAUGCCAUAUAUUCGGGGGAUAAAUCAGACUUAUGCCAAAGCUUAUGCCACAAGAACUAUCCUUUUCUUGAAAGAAAAUGGAACUCUGAUGCCAGUGGCCAUCGAAUUGAGUUUGCCACAUCCUGCUGGGGACAAGUCAGGUGCUGUCAGCCAAGUAAUUUUACCUGCAAAAGAAGGUGUUGAAAGUACAAUUUGGCUGCUAGCCAAAGCUUAUGUAGUUGUAAAUGAUUCUUGCUAUCAUCAACUCAUGAGCCAUUGGUUAAAUACUCAUGCAGUGAUGGAGCCAUUCAUCAUAGCAACACACCGGCACCUUAGUGCGCUUCAUCCAAUUUAUAAGCUUCUAACUCCUCAUUAUCGUGACACCAUGAACAUCAAUGCACUUGCCAGACAGUCUCUAAUUAAUGCUGAUGGCAUCAUAGAGAAAUCCUUUUUGCCCUCAAAGUAUUCAGUCGAGAUGUCUUCAGCGGUUUAUAAGAAUUGGGUUUUCACUGAUCAAGCACUGCCUGCAGAACUUGUCAAGAGAGGAGUGGCCGUUAAGGAUUCAUCAGCCCCACAUGGACUUCGUCUCUUGAUAGAAGACUACCCUUAUGCUGUUGAUGGACUAGAGAUAUGGGCUGUGAUUAAGUCAUGGGUUCAAGAGUAUGUGUCAUUGUACUAUGCAAAAGAUGAUGAUGUCAAAUCUGAUCCUGAACUCCAACAUUGGUGGAAAGAGGCUGUGGAGAAAGGACAUGCUGAUUUGAAAGACAAACCAUGGUGGCCUAAGUUGCAGACACUCGAGGAGCUUGUUGAAAUCUGCACCAUUAUCAUAUGGACUGGUUCGGCUCUCCAUGCAGCUGUUAAUUUUGGUCAAUACCCUUAUGGAGGUUUUAUUCUGAACCGUCCAACUUCUAGUAGAAGGUUGCUUCCUGAGAAAGGAACACCAGAAUAUGAAGAAAUGGUGAACAGCCAUCAAAAGGCCUAUUUGAGAACAAUUACGUCAAAGUUUCAGACUAUGAUUGACCUUUCUGUGAUAGAGAUAUUGUCAAGGCAUGCCUCUGAUGAGGUCUACCUUGGCCAAAGGGAAAACCCACAUUGGACCUCUGAUUCCAAAGCGUUGCAAGCCUUUCAAAAGUUUGGAAACAAACUGAAGGAUAUUGAGGAAAAACUCGCAAGCAAGAACAAAGAUGAGAAACUGAGAAACCGAAUUGGACCAGUUGAAUUGCCAUACACUUUGCUUCAUCCUACCAGUGAGGAAGGCUUGACCUUCAGGGGAAUUCCUAAUAGCAUUUCCAUCUGACUGAGCCUGUGGUUUCAGUUUAGUUAUUGUAUUGUACUUCCUUCCAAUAAAAAAAGAUGCAAGGCUAGAGAUCCAAUAAAUCUUGCAUCUUGUCUAAUGUUUUAAUAAUCUCGUGUUGCUUGUGUGUUUGAAUGUUGUAAUUCAGCCCUCGAUUUGGUUUUCAUUUGAAAAUAAUGGAAAUACUGAGUACUGUUAGUUUGUGUUUAAA